AUGGAGUCUAUGCAUUUGUUAGCUCCAGCAGAUGAGGUGGUUUUAACCCUUGGUGUUGCUUAUAAAGGCAGACAUGGUUGGAAUCUGCAUAAUUUUGUAGAAAGUAAAGGGUCAAUACUUCAUCAUCUUGGAUUAAUAGCAGGUGUGACAGUACCUACUCUACACAUUGGUAUGUUGUACACCACUAAAAGUUUAUCAUGUAACGGACAUAAUCUUCCCACAGUGCAAUAUCUUCACCAAGGACCUGGACUCGUAUGGUAUGCGGUCCCUAGCCAAGAAACAGAUAAUCUUAAAGAAGCCCUGAAGACAGUGGCCCCAAAAUUAUAUAGGAAAGAAGGGUUCUGUUUACAGAAAAAUUCUGCAAUGAUACCACAGUCUAAACUUGUAGAGAAUGGUGUAUCAUUGAGUCGUUGUGUUCAGACAGAGAGGGAAUUUGUAGUGGUAUUUCCCUCAGUUAACUACAGUAAUAUAAGCCUGGGAUAUAACAUGUCUGAGUCUGUACAUUAUGGUACACAAGACUGGAUCCCUGAAGGUUAUCAAGCUUCAAAGAACUUGGGUAUGAAUCAUGAUAUAGAGUUAUUUUCUAUGGAUGCUAUGCUGGUUUUCUUGGCUAGAGAUUCAACAACCCAAGACACCACAUUAGCUCUUCUAUUGCCAUACCUGGAGAAAGUUGUAGAGCGUGAAAUCACAGAGCGUAAGAAGUUAUUUGAAGCUGGAUUAAAGGAGACUGAGCAGCUUCAUGAUAAGUUGGAGAAACAGGCACAGAAAACAGACGUCCUCGAGGAAAUCAUCAUAUGUGACGUGUCCAAUAAAAUAUGUUAUCUUUCCAUGGUGCUGAACUCACAUGAGAAUAGUGCUUUCUCCUUGGAGCAAGGUCUUCUACAUAUCCAGAAACGCAAGAAUCUCAAAUACUGUAAACUCAUGUACAGAUAUUCUGAGGAGGAACUUAAAGCCCUUGUGAAGGAGGUGAAGAGUAGAUUAAGGGGAGGUAAUUCCUCAAGUCCUGGAGCAUCUACUAGUAGUCCAAAACGAAAGACAAGGAAGUCCAACUCAGAUAUCAAAAGUUCACCAGCAUCUUCCACAUCAUCACGAUGAUCUCCAUUUAUUUAAAAUGUAUUUUAUAUACUUUCCUGAAUAUAUAAAUAUAUGUUCUACAAAUGAUUUGGUAUGUCCUUGGACAAAUUUGGCAUGUACUUGGACAAUUUUGGCAUGUCCUUGGACAAUUUCGGCAUGUGCUUGGACAAUUUUGAUUUGUCCUUUGACAACUUAGCAUGUACUUGGACAAUUUUUGUUUGUACUUGGAACAAUUUUGGUAUGUCCUUGGAUAAUUUUGGUAUGUCUUCGGACAAUUUGGUAUGUACUUGGUACAAUUUUGGAAUGUAUUUGGACAAUUUUGGUAUGUACUUGGUACAAUUUUGGUAUGUACUUGGACAAUUUUGGUAUGUUCUUGGACAAUUUUGGUAUGUUCUUGGAAAUUGACAAUUUUGGCAUGUACUGGGACAAUUUUGGUAUAUCCUUGGACAAUUGACAAUUUUGGCAUGUACUUGGACAAUUUUGGUAUGUCCUUGGAAAAUUGACAAUUUUGGCAUGUACUAAGACAAUUUUGGCAUGUCCUUGGACAUU